UCCGAAGUCCCCUAUAUUUGUUGACUAGUUAGAAGACAGGACCAUGUGAUUAUCUUAUGAGCUAUGUCUAAAUUGCAGACCCCAUCCAAUUGUUUCUUGUCCAUAUAUCAACUUCAGAUUCAUGAGGAUUUUGAACAUACCGUUUCAUGACCUAUAUAUAUACCAUCGAAAUAUUUGGCUCAUAACCAAACAAGUCUUCACAUUCUUUACUCGUAUUCCUUUUCAACAAAAAAUCUGCUGAUUAGUUUCUUCUGAAUUAGAUACAUCAACAUUAAAGUGACAAUGGCUAUUCGUUUGCUUGGUUUUCUGGCUAAACAAAGCCUCCGUCGGCCUGUUUCAUGCGCCCAUAAAGCAGCUUCAAAGUCUUCAGAUGUUCCAAAAGGUUUCCUAGCAGUUUACGUUGGGGAAACUGAGAAGAAGCGAUUUGUGGUUCCAGUAUCAUAUUUGAACCAGGCUUCAUUUCAAGAUUUGCUAAGUAAAGCUGAAGAGGAGUUUGGUUUUGAUCAUCCAAUGGGUGGAUUGACUAUUCCCUGUGCGGAAGAUACUUUCCUUGAUGUAACUUCUAGCUUGAGUAGAUUAUAAGGGGUAAUUUAACUGAUCACACGGAACAAUUUUGCAUGGCAGGAAUUGCCGAUUGGGUGUAAAUAAUUUUUUUUACUAAAUCUUGCGAAAUGAGAAAUAUAUUUUAUACCGA